AGGUAAAACCCAUUUAUUCCCUGACAGCCCCCAUCACAUGGAUGGUUGUCUAUUAACUUGUUCAAAAAGUAUCAGGAGUUGUCAAGCCUCAACUGAAGGGGGGAAAGUAGUUUGUUGAUUCUUAAAAACCGAGAGAGAAGUUUCUGGACUCGGCAAGAACCUGCGAAAAGGAUAAAUAAGACUGAAAGCUUCUAUUAGCUAAACAAAGUUUUUUUUUUCAAAGCUGCAAGGUAACAAAACUGUGAACUCUUUCUGCUGUGGAUUUUUUUUUCUGGUGAAGCAGGUUACACGAAAAAUCAGUUUGAAUGUAUAACAUGAUGGAAACCGAACUCAAACCCCCCGCCCCUCAACCCAAUUCUGGGGGAACGGGGAAUUCGAACUCCUCUACAAAUAACCAGAAAAACAGUCCGGACCGAGUGAAGAGGCCAAUGAACGCAUUCAUGGUGUGGUCGAGGGGCCAGCGGAGGAAAAUGGCGCAGGAAAACCCUAAAAUGCACAAUUCGGAAAUUAGUAAAAGGCUCGGGGCCGAGUGGAAACUUUUAUCCGAAACCGAAAAGAGACCCUUCAUCGACGAAGCCAAGCGUCUUCGUGCGCUUCACAUGAAAGAACAUCCGGAUUACAAAUACAGACCGAGGCGGAAAACCAAGACUCUGAUGAAGAAGGACAAGUACACUCUGCCAGGUGGGCUUCUCGCUCCGGGCGGCAAUGCCAUGAGCACCGGGGUGGGUGUAGGGGCUGGCUUGGGUGCCGGGGUCAAUCAAAGGAUGGACAGCUAUGCGCAUAUGAAUGGCUGGACAAACGGAGGAUAUGGUAUGAUGCAGGACCAGUUGGGCUACCCGCAGCACCCGGGCUUAAACGCUCACAACGCUGCCCAAAUGCAGCCCAUGCACCGCUAUGAUAUGAGCGCUCUCCAGUACAACUCCAUGACCAACUCACAGACCUACAUGAACGGAUCACCUACUUAUAGCAUGUCCUACUCGCAACAAAGCACCCCGGGCAUGACACUGAGCUCAAUGGGGUCGGUGGUGAAGUCGGAGUCCAGUUCCAGUCCACCGGUAGUCACUUCAUCUUCCCAUUCAAGGGCACCUCAGUGUCAGACCGGGGACCUUCGGGACAUGAUCAGUAUGUACCUGCCCGGUGCUGAAGUACCAGAACCAACUGCCCAAAGCAGACUUCACAUGUCCCAGCACUACCAGAGCGCACCUGUACCCGGUACAACGAUUAAUGGCACACUUCCUCUAUCGCAUAUGUAAAUGAGCUUUUACUAUAGACGUUGGACUUAUCGGACUAUUUUUGUACAGAACAUUUUGGGGGCGGGAAAGAACUUGUAUAGAUGUCAAUGGAGGAACAGAAAACUUUUUUUUUUGUUAUUUUUUUAAUAAUGUUCUAGUGGAACGGUAUGGACUUUGCAAAAGUUUGCAAAAAAGUUCACUACAGUAAUAUCUAGAGCUAGCCUCAAUCAAUUAAAAGUUUUAUUAUGAAAAACGUUUUGUACAGUAUUUAUCAACGAAACAUGGCAAUCAAAAUGUCAAAUGUUUGUAAACUCGAAGUAGUUGCCAAUUUUAUAAAGCAAGUGUCUGCUUCGAUCAGACGCCGAAAAACUGUUCAUGAAUAAAAUGAACAAAUGUACUAGAAGUGAAAAAAUUGGGCUUUUUAAAUUGUAUAAAGCAGGUAAUAUAAAAAGUAAAUAUCUUUAAAGGGCAAAUAGAUUGUACUAAACGCUUUACUUUAAAAUGACAUACAACUAUCUUUGCAGAUUUAAACACUUGUUAAUUUAUAUAUUUUGCUCCCCAUUCUUUAAUUCUGUUAGGAAUACAAGGAAUUAUGUGUUUAUUAUUUUCUAUUGGUUUGUAAUAUUUCUGUAAAUGUAUUGUGACAUUUAAAGGUUUUCUUUUCUUUUCCAUUUCCGUAGCUGUAUUUUAAAAUUCGGCUCUGUAUUAUUGAUCCAGUAUGCCGACACUCCAUGUAUAUAUUUGAACUAAUAACACCCUUAUAACAGUUUCGUUUUCAGCUUAAGUUUUUCAUUAUGCAGAGUUGAAAUGAAUAAAUUUUUGAAAUUUGCAUA